UUUUGGUACAAAGCAACCCGAACCAAACUUGAAAACGGUUUUAAAACGCUUUACGUUUUCAAGUGAAGCCGUGCUGUAAUCAUGCAAUUGUCAUGUUCAAGUCAGCAUCGCUUGCUAUUGAGCUGUCAUUUGUUGAGUUCUAUUUUGAACAUUCUAUUGACUAUACCCACAUCAGAGCUUGCAAAGAUCACUACCAAAUGAAACCGUUUUUGUUUAGUUCCUUACGAUCUGUAGAUGUGUGUUUGAAUUUUACGUAAAUGCUAUGGACGGCGCCCCUGCAACAGAAAAUACUGAAAUCAUUGCGUUCAAAUGCCAACAACCACUUCACUUGCUAUAAUACCGAGAAAAAUGUUGUCCAGAAGUGGUCAUAGAGUAUCUUCAGAUAUAAUAUUUAUUUCUCAAAAUUAUCUGUAUGGCUAAAGAAUUUAGUUCUUUUAAAAUAAAAUAUAUUGAUUCAUCGUGUUUCCUUGUUGUCUUCUGCAUAUUUUUAUGCCACACAGCGAGUAACGUAUGCCCGUCGCGAGGGCCGAGGGUUGCAGUACAAGUAUGUUUAUAUUUAAUAAUAUUUUUGGCACUUGAGAUAUCUAGCAUCUUGAUGGAGUCAGUUAUGCACAUGCGGUCAUGGUUUAGUCUCAAUAUACUAUUAUUUGUUAUUUCAAUAUUUAUCCUUGGCGCGCCUAAUGAGCGGAUGUCGUGAUAUCAUUGUUGCCCCGACGUUUUGUUCAUUGAUGCAGAACGUACACAUAAGCCUCAAGAACAAAGGAGUUGCUUGGUGACCAAGUACGUCCUCAUGGAAAGUUUUGAGAGUACGUGACGCGUUUGAAAAGUUUCUUGCGAUUGCUAAGGACAUUUUGUAUUUGCACAAAGAGUGAAAAAUCUCGUUGAUACGCUUGUGCACGUCAAUGUACUUUGAAGAGAGCAAUGGAGUCCUUUGUGUGAGUGACAUCUCGGCGGGUAUUUGAGGUUACAUGGAAAGGGCGUGUGUAAAUGACUGCAACAUCAUUCAACGUUUACAAAAACAUGUAUCAAGCGGACUAAAUUGAGAAAGAAACGUGAGGCUGGAAGAGCUUAGACAUGGGUGCCAUAGUCUCUCAUCGCAAGGGCCAGAGAAGAAUAUCGCGAGUUGAGCAGAAGGCAAUAGCGGUCAGUGCAUUCUCAACACAAUCUGCAAAAGAGGAUGAAAAUACAAGGCAGGAACAGGAAACACCUGCCCAGCCACCGGCUCAACAGAACAGUCUGGCCACAACACGGAGCAGUACCAAUAUUGCAGUGGCAUCAUGGGGUGAAGGGAUAGUAGGCACAUCAUCUCAUGCCUUGCAUGAUAAGGGCGUGAUCUCAUCCAGGGGUGUGGAACGUGAAGUAAAAUCUAGCAAAGAUAUGUACCCAUCAUUAAAGCCCAAAACACCUGAUCCAAACAAGAACAUUGAACUGUAUACAGGCUUCGCUACAGUGACACCAAUACCAACACAACCAGACAAAGAAGAGGCAGCUAUAACCAUACAAAGGCAUGUGAGAGGGUAUCAGUCCAGGAAACUACUCAAACAGCAAGAACUUUCAGCUAAAAUUAUUCAGCGGGGCUACCGGAGGCACCAAAAAACAAGAACUGACAAAAGUGAUCCAAAUCAACCAGGCACUUAUAAAGAGGAUGAAGAUGAUAGUGGUAACGACAGUGACGAUAACGACAAGAGGAAGAAGUCUGAAUACAGGAAGCCAUGGAAGGAGUCAACUGUUGCUGCUCCUAUCAUUGACUCUGAUGUAAAAAUUGGGGAAAAAACUAAAGAAGACUUCAAUAUGUACCAAGAGGACAUUACAGACUUAAAGUGGAAAACAGAACAACAGUUGGAGAUGACAACAAUGGGAGAUGAUUAUGUUCCUCCACGAAUAGUGGUCAUUGCCUCCAAUGUUCCAAGAUCUGAUGUGCUAGAAAAGAUUGUGAGAGAUGAUGUUCUCAAGAUAACUUAUGUAAGUAAUUAUUAAUUUAUUACAUAAUUUAGUUAUUAUAUAAUCUGAUAGUGUACGAUAUAUCUCGGUCA